AUGGCCAAUGAAAACUACACACGAGUCACGGAGUUCAUUUUCACAGGCUUGAGUUACAACCCCCAGUUGCAUGUCUUCCUCUUCCUGCUCUUUCUGAGUUUCUACAUCAUCAAUCUAACUGGAAACUUGGGCAUGAUUAUUCUCAUCCGGAUUGACUCCCGCCUUCACACACCCAUGUACUUCUUCCUCAGUCACCUGUCAUUUGUGGAUAUUUGCUUCUCCUCAGUUGUGAGCCCCAAGAUGCUCACUGACUUCUUUGUGAAGAGGAAAGCCAUCUCUUUCCUGGGCUGUGCUUUGCAGCAGUGGUUUUUUGGGUUCUUUGUAGCAGCAGAGUGUUUUCUCUUGGCAUCCAUGGCCUACGACCGCUAUGUGGCCAUCUGUAACCCGUUAUUGUACUCAGUUGCCAUGUCCCAGAGACUCUGCAUACAGCUGGUGGUGGGUCCCUAUGUCAUUGGGUUCAUGAACACCAUGACUCAUACAACAAAUGCAUUCCGUCUCCCUUUCUGUGGUCCUAAUGUCAUCAAUCAUUUUUUCUGUGACAUGUCCCCCCUGCUCUCCCUCGUGUGUGCUGAUACGAGGCUCAAUAAGUUGGUAGUUUUCAUCGUGGCUGGAGCUGUGGGAGUCUUCAGUGGUCUGACUAUCCUGGUCUCCUACAUCUACAUUCUCACUGCUAUCCUGAGGAUCCGCUCUGCUGAUGGGAGGCGCAAAGCCUUUUCCACCUGCUCUUCUCACCUGACAGCUGUCUCCAUCCUGUAUGGGACACUUUUCUUUAUCUACGUACGUCCCAGUGCAAGUUUCUCCCUGGACCUCAAUAAGGUGGUGUCUGUGUUUUAUACAGCAGUGAUUCCUAUGUUGAACCCACUUAUCUACAGCUUGAGAAAUAAGGAGGUCAAAGAUGCCAUCCACAGGACUGUGGCUAAGGGAAAGUUUUGCAGUGUCUAA